AGGCGGCAGGCGCGGCUGGGACCGAAGCGGGACAGGUCCCCGCGGCAAACGAGCUCCUGAGGUGCGGCGUCGGGGAAGGCAUGGGCUUUUUCCUUCUUUUUUGAACUGAAGUAGUCUACUUAAAAGCUGUGUGUGGACUUUUUUAAAAGCAUAAGCUGUUACCAUGACUACUGAAGUAGGCUCCGCAUCUGAAGUGAAGACGGACUCUGACCAGUUAGGAGCAGAUGCAACCAAGGAGAAACCUAAAGAAGUAGUAGAAAAUCAGCAGAAUCAGUCAUCCGAUCCAGAGGAGGAAAAAGGUUCCCAGCCAUCUCCUGCAGCUGAAAGCCAAAGUAGUCUGCGCCGCCAGAAGAGAGAGAAGGAUCCGUCUGAGAGCAGGGGUAUUUCUCGAUUUAUACCCCCAUGGCUUAAGAAACAAAAGUCAUAUAACUUAGUAGUGGCCAAAGAUGGAGGAGAUAAAAAAGAACCUACCCAAGCUGUUGUGGAAGAACAGAUCUUAGAUAAAGAGGAAUCCCUUCCAGAAGAAGAGAGACAAGCCAAGGGUGAUGCUGAAGAAAUGGCUCAGAGGAAACACCAGGAGAUUAAGAUUGAAUUCAAGGAAGAAAAACCUUUAGUGAGCAGAGCUGAGACACAGCCUGCUGGAGAAAUAAGUAAGGAGAGAGAAGAAGAAAAGGUAAAGGAAAUACAGGAAGACAAAUCAGAAGAAGCAGCGAAAAGGGAGACAAAGGAAGUGCAGACCAAUGAGCUAAAAGCAGAGAAGGCCUCUCAAAAAGCCACCAAAAAGACCAAAACUGUCCAGUGUAAAGUGACCCUCCUAGAUGGCACCGAAUACAGCUGUGACCUGGAGAAAUGUGCUAAGGGACAAGUGUUGUUUGACAAAGUGUGCGAACACCUCAAUCUCUUGGAGAAAGACUACUUUGGACUUUUGUUUCAGGAAAAUCCUGAGCAGAAAAACUGGCUAGAUCCUGCAAAGGAAAUAAAAAGACAACUGCGAAAUCUUCCCUGGCUGUUCACUUUUAAUGUGAAGUUUUAUCCUCCUGAUCCAUCUCAACUGAGUGAAGAUAUCACCAGAUAUUUCUUGUGCCUUCAGCUCCGGCAGGACAUUGCCUCUGGCCGUCUACCUUGCUCUUUUGUGACUCAUGCCCUUCUGGGAUCCUACACACUGCAGGCUGAAGUUGGAGACUAUGACCCAGUAGAGCAUGGCAGUAUUGACCUCAGUGACUUUCAGUUUGCCCCCACACAGACUAAAGAGCUGGAAGAGAAGGUGGCAGAGCUGCAUAAAACCCACAGGGGCUUAUCUCCAGCGCAAGCUGAUUCUCAGUUCUUAGAAAAUGCAAAGAGGCUUUCCAUGUAUGGUGUUGACCUCCAUCAUGCCAAGGACUCGGAAGGCGUGGACAUCAAGCUGGGUGUGUGCGCUAAUGGGCUCCUCAUUUACAAAGACAGACUGAGAAUCAAUCGUUUUGCUUGGCCGAAAAUCUUGAAAAUUUCCUAUAAGCGCAGUAACUUCUACAUUAAAGUUAGGCCGGCAGAGCUGGAGCAGUUUGAGAGCACCAUUGGAUUUAAACUGCCAAACCACCGAGCAGCAAAAAGGCUAUGGAAAGUGUGUGUGGAGCAUCAUACUUUCUACAGGCUUGUGUCUCCUGAGCAGCCACCAAAGGCCAAGUUCCUGACCUUGGGGUCCAAAUUCCGCUACAGUGGCCGUACCCAAGCACAGACCCGCCAGGCAAGCACCCUCAUAGACAGGCCAGCACCACACUUUGAGCGCACCUCUAGUAAACGGGUUUCCAGGAGUCUAGAUGGAGCUCCAAUUGGUGUUGUGGACCAAAGUUUUAUGAAGGAUUUUGCUGGCCCUGCUGGGGAGGUUUUAGCCUAUGGCCCUGGAGUUGUCAGCACUGCUGUGGUACAAGAUGGGGCUGGCAGGAGGGACAUCAGAAGCCCAACUAGAGCCCCACAUUUACAACUCAUUGAAGGAAAGAAAAAUUCCUUGAGAGUAGAAGGGGAUAAUAUUUAUGUCAGACAUAGCAAUUUAAUGUUGGAGGACCUGGAUAAGGCCCAGGAGGACGUACUGAAACAUCAGGCUAGCAUUAGUGAACUCAAGCGCAAUUUUAUGGAAUCCACACCUGAGCCGCGCCCUAAUGAAUGGGAAAAACGACGUAUCACACCUCUGUCCCUACAGACACAAGGGAGCCUAGAAGAGGAGAUAACAUCAAUUUUGUUUAGUGAGAAGGGCUUUUCUGAUAGCGUGAAAGCCCCCUUCCCUUCAGCCACCACUUGGACAGCAGAGGGCGCUGUUGUGAACGCUAAUGCACCUCCUGAAAAGCUUUCUUCCUGGCCCUUCCCACCCUUGCCUGAGACACGUGCUCCUGAGUCAGAAGGGCCUUGCACUGGAGCCAGGGAUGCUGUUAAGAGUUCACAUGAGACUCUGAAUGUAGUGGAGGAGAAGAAGCGGGCAGAGGUUGGGAAAGACGAAAGAGUAAUCACAGAAGAAGUGAAUGGUAAAGAGAUGUCACCUGGGAGUGGUCCUGGGGAGACUCGUAAGGUGGAGCCUGUGGCACAAAAAGACUCCACCUCCCUGUCUUCUGAGAGCAGCAGCAGCAGUGAGAGUGAGGAGGAAGAUGUGGGCGAGUACCGGCCCCAGCACCGUGUGACCGAGGGUACCAUCAGGGAAGAGCAGGAGGAGUAUGAAGAAGAGAUGGAAGAAGAACCCAGCCAAGCAGCCAAGGUAGUAGAGAGGGAGGAGGCGGUGCCAGAAGCCAGCCCAGUCACACAAGCAGGUGCCAGUGUAACCCCAGUAGACACAGUGGCGCAGGAAAUUGUAGUUGCCCAAAAGAUAUCUGGAGAGAAGAGCGUAAACGAAGGCGCUGUUAAACAAGACAGAGAAGAAACAGAGGAAGAGCAACAUAAAGUUAACGGAGAGGUGUCUCAUGUUGACAUUGAUGUUUUGCCAGAAAUUAUUUGUUGUUCAGAGCCACCAGUGGUAAAAACAGAGAUGGUAACAAUUUCUGAUGCCUCACAAAGGACAGAAAUCUCCACCAAGGAAGUCCCCAUUGUUCAAACUGAGACCAAAACCAUCACAUAUGAGUCUCCACAGAUUGAUGGCGGGGCUGGUGGUGAUUCGGGCACGUUACUGACUGCACAAACGAUCACAUCUGAGUCCGUGUCGACCACAACAACCACACACAUCACCAAGACUGUGAAAGGUGGAAUAUCUGAAACAAGAAUUGAGAAACGCAUCGUGAUCACAGGAGAUGCAGAUAUUGAUCAUGAUCAGGCACUGGCUCAGGCAAUCAGAGAAGCCAGAGAGCAGCACCCUGACAUGUCGGUCACGAGAGUGGUGGUACACAAAGAAACAGAGCUGGCAGAGGAAGGGGAAGACUGAGUAAGAAAGUCAUUUUUUAAACAUCAUUCAGCUUUGUGAACCUGAAGAAUUGUGACCAUUUCAAGUCUUACUGCCACACCACUACUCCAGCAAAUUUGUGCUACGACUGGUAACAAAGACCAGAAGCCUGAAGAAUUAAAAUGCCAACACCAAACUUUACCUUAACAGCUCUGGUCUAUACUGUUCCCAUGCAUUUUAAUAUAUUAUUUUGUUUUAUAACCACUUCUAAAUAUUUUUGGCUAUUCUUUUUUUAAUUAAGGGGUUUUGUUUUUGUUUCUCGUUUACUUUGUGUACAACUACCUGCUUUUUAUGACUCAUUUUGAUCAAAUGACAGUGAACAAAGCCAGCCCAAGCUGGUAAGGUGCUGUUCACUUGAACAGGUGCUGUUGUGCGGAAAGCAAACUCUGUGACUAAUUUAGGUAGUGGCUUUCCUUCUUCCAGAUUCUUUCCAUUGAAUUCUUACAGCAAAUAUUUACAGAGUUUUCAGAUUGCAGUAAAUAUGCUGUAUGAGAAAAUAAUAAUACAGAUUAAAAGCAUUUCUUACAUCUUGAAAAUUUUCUUAAUGUUUGAGAAUUUCAUUGGGUAUGUUUUUUCUAUUGAACCCUUUUGACUUUCCAGUCCUGUGACUUUUUACUUUUAGUUGAGAGUCAGAGGAUCUCUGGACUGGAGAAUCGUGAAGAAGUUUGCUGACCAUGCACUGUGUUUAGAUACCCUGUUGCAGCACAGUGCCAACGCUUCUCAGACACAUGCUCUUCGGCAGCAUUCCAGAACAGGAGGGAGGAGAAAGAGAAAACUUGUUUCUUCCCUUCUACUAAAAGAUUCAGGCAGCUUAAAACCUUAGUGCUUUCUUUUUUAAUGUAUCCAAAUUUCAAUACUUUGCAUUAUUUGAACGCUUGGGUAGAAUAUUUGCUUUGUAUUAAACCUCCUUGUCUAUACAUAAAAUUGACCUUUUGUUACUGAGCAGGUGUAUCUCUUUCAGAUAGUUUGAUUCACACAGGUUUGAGGAUGCUGGGGAGAGAGUAUGAGGCUGUGGUGGUUUUUUGUUGGUUAUAAGAAAGCUAUACCAUUUAAACCUGACACCAGAGACCUGAUAGGGACUUAUUAACUGUAUUGAACACUUUUUUUCCUUUGCUUUUGGCCCUAUGUAUAGUUAUGAUGCCAGAUUAGAUUUAUAGCAGCUUCAAGUUGUAUUAAAUGAUAUUUUGCUUUCUGU